ACAGUUUACAGGUCAAGAGGAUAGAGCUGACUAUUAUGAGACAACUUUCGAUCGUUUGGUUCGUUCCCGGUCGUACAAACAUCGCUAGAACUCGUAAUAAGUGCUCGAUGUUCUUGCGGGGACUGUCGAUUUGGUGUGAAAGUAUUUCCAGGCGAAAUAUUUUCGUUUCGACGGUUUUGGGUAUGGCGAGGAAAAACAGCUCACACGACAAUGGGACGUCUCCAGAUGCUUUGUUAGAUCAAGGAGUUACAACCACAACAACAACAACAACAACGGCUACGAGGGACAAUGUUGUCAUACAUGGCGAUGUCAUCUAUGGAAAACUGUCACAGAAACAGCUAAGAAUACACUUUGUGCACCAGAAGGCCUGUGAGGGAGGACAGGACACGUACGUUGAUCCGGAGACCGGCUACACAGUGUUCACCAGACUGUCUCACCUGCGCAGGGGAACGUGUUGUGGGUCAGCCUGUAGACAUUGUCCAUACGGCCAAGUACGGGUUACUAACAAGGCACUGAAAAAGACGUUCAACUCAUCAUUUUAUGACUAGGGUUUCUCCUGAAUUAGGGACUUGAAAUUCAUUUUAUGGCUACAUGUGCACUCAACCUAGAAAAUAUCGGGUGAACAAAAAAAUGGGUGCACCAUAAAGAAUAAUGUUGAAUAACUUUGGUGUCAGGAAUAUGCUGUAUACUAGUAUCAUAUUACGGUGUAGUAUGCAUUUAUUAUCUUGACAUAAGUAUUGUGUAUCAUCAACUCUAGACAUAGAAUAAAGAGACUCUUUUUACACAAUCAAGAGGUUUAUUCAGGUUUAUUUCGCCUUCAGCUGUCGCCUUCCUUGAGGCAAAUCUGACUGGUAGCGCCCCCUUGCAAAAUACGAUAAAAGUGCAAGCAGUCUGAUGCGUUACCUUUACUUCAUAAAGUACCACGGUGAAGUUAUGUACGUUCAAACUUUGUGUACUUUGUGCCAUUAGUUUGAGCUCUUGGGAGCAGAUGUCAUCAUUCAAUGAAAAGUAGGCCUGAUGUAAUACUACAAUGUAAUGUUGCAUAUAAUUGUAUUUCCCUUGUCACUGACUUUUCCUUAAUGUAAAUCUCCUCCACUGCUGACGUUGUAUAUGACGUUGUCAUGAUCUUCUCACAUACAAUGACUUACAGUCAACAGU